UGGCCAUGUGCAUCAAUUCUUUGGUGCGGUUUACCAAACCUGGCAAUUACUGUUGGAGGCGCUGGCUGUGAUACCUCCAAUGCAUUGCAUAUUUGCCACCUCCAGCCUCAAAUCUUGAGAUCUUCCCACCCUCUUUCUUGAAUUAAUGACUCUUGUCCAUUGGACCUGAACUGAAGUGCCUCUUCCUUUCUUCCUUGACACCCUGUAGACUAUCACCUACCCCUCACACCGAUACCGGGUUGAGUCUCCAUUUCUGCCUGCCCCUCUUUAGGUGUCAAGUCAAGAUCUGGUUUUAAACCUUUAAACGCCCAUAUCUAAGAUCUUACCCAAACAUAAACUUCAACACAACUCUACUACCACAGCUCUCAACAGUAUAACUGAUUGCCCAGAAUCAGUCUGGUCUCUUCUAUUUACUUUAAACCCCCAAAAUCCCAUGGCCCCUACCAAAAUCGACAACCUUCCUGGCGAAUUACGCUACGUACAAUACGAACAUGCCCUCGAGGCUCAGUAUCUACCCGCUAUCCGGGCAUUGAUCUCAAAGGACUUGAGUGAGCCUUAUAGCAUCUAUGUAUAUCGGUAUUUCUUGUGCCAGUGGGCACAUCUCUGCUUCAUGGCACUGAACCCAGUCGACUCAUCUCUCAUCGGUGUUAUAGUGUGCAAGCUGGAAGUCCAUGCUUCACACUCCAACCCCACUCGAAGAGGCUACAUCGCCAUGUUGGCCGUUGCUUCCGACUUCCGUGGCCAUGGUAUUGCAACAACCCUCGUCAAGAAGACCAUCGACGCCAUGACGAAGCGCAAUGCGGACGAAAUUGUCCUCGAAACUGAAGAGACCAACGUCGCUGCUAUGCGAUUGUACGAACAGCUCGGUUUCUUGCGCACUAAAAAGCUACACCGAUACUACCUCAACGGCAACAGUGCAUAUCGACUUGUUCUGCCGCUUAAGUACAUCGACCUUGACGCCAGCGCUAAUGAUCUUGAAAUCAUCGAUGUAUAAGCUUUCACGGUUGCAUGGGUGUUUAUAGCAUUUCUACGGGGUUCAGUGAUGGGAAGUCAUUGGUGGACAUGGACGGACUGGGCAUAGGUCAGCGACAGCAUUUGAGCGUCAUGCGGAAUUAGCAUCUUUUGGAAUCACCGGCGUUUAGGAUAUUGGUUAUGAAGGUCAUGACGAUACGAUCCUAUUCUUUUUUGCUUCUCUCUAUAUUAUGCACUCGGAUUCUUGAUUUUGAACCUCCAUACACGAUGAAAUAUUCCUUCUUGUUCUGCCUGGCUAGAUGAGUCAUUUGUUGUGCGUCGUCAGGUCUGGAAGAUGUCAGAUGACUUAUAGAUCGACGCUUUCAGACCCCAGGGAUUCCCAGAGGAUAUCCCUAUGUACGUAUAUGCAUCUAUCGACUUGCGUCAGCCUCACUUUAUUGACAUCAAUACCAACCAUGACUCACCUGGCUUAUAGUAGAUAGGUCUUCCUCGAGCUUCAACCAAUCUGAGCUCUCGCAGCUUCUGAAGCACCCUGCCAACGUCGGCCUUGUCUGCGAAAUCGGUCGUGUACACGCAAAUGAGUCGAUCUUUUCGAGAAUCCUCAUCGGCUGGUCGUGGAGCAACCUUUGCAGCAAUGCCAAGCUCGUUUUUGGCAGUCGCUUUCGCGACAAUCUCCCACACGUCGUUUACUUCUGCUGGUGUGCAGAAUAACAUCCACUGUUAAGUGUCAGUCGUGUUUUGGCGAGACAUCCUCGAUACAAACCUUGCCAGCGCGGACUCUGGCAGCGUGCGCCAGGUGCAGUAUA